UGUCUCAGUCAGCUGUUGCAACGAUAACUGACUGCGGCAAAACAAAGAAAACGCGGAGAAAAAGUUAACGCAAUUAAGCGUAGUAAAAAAGCCUAGAUUAUUUUCAUAACAAGGAGGAGUGAGUCACGAAAAAAAGCUUUCCGGCCACAAUGGCAGAUACCCGUAAAGACGCCGCACCGCCGAGCUACGAAGAAGUCAUGAACAGUCCCUCGCAGGAUUCCCGGCUGAUAGUGGGCGUGCAUCAGGGGGCACCUAGUGCUCCGCCACCAAACAUGCACAUGCCAACCUACGGAGCUUUCGAGACGACGCCGGUCAGCGUGGUGAUUCAGCCCGCUCCGGUCGCUAUGCCCACCGAGAUCAUCGUGAUUGGAGGAUGCCCUGCAUGUCGGAUUGGAUACCUGGAGGACACCUUCUCCGCCUGCGGACUGUGCUGCGCGAUCUUCUUCUUCCCGCUGGGAAUCCUCUGCUGCUUGGCCAUGCGUGAGAAGCGCUGUUCCAACUGCGGAACGGUUUUCUAGAGGGGAUUACCCAGAAAUUAUCCAUAAAGAAACUCCAAAUGUUGAUCCCUAUUAGGCUUUCGCGACGGGCACCCAGUGACUAUAUCACAAAGCUCCAAUAUUUUUGUUAUUGUUAAUCGUUAGCUCGCAAAUCAUUAUAUAUUAUGUGUAAAUAAUAAUCAUGGCAGCCUGCGGAAUGCCCCUGAUUCCAUUCCAGUCCCUGUCCGGAGAAUGGUCAUGUACAGUGAAAUAUGCUUAACUGGAAUUCAAAUCAGUGAAACUAGUUAUGAAAAAUAUUUAAAAAAAAUCAGUUGAACAUGUUUCCCAAUUGAAUAGUGAUUUGGCUUUUUACAAGGAUUUUAAGUAACAUAAGUUUUAAACUGCAAACAAAAGAAAAUAUAUUUAUAUUUAAAUAAAAGCUUUACAAAAUGCUUAUUAUAAAAUGA